AUGGUCGAGGAACUCGACACAAACAAGAUCAAAGACUGGCGUUCAAUCACUACGCUUGUUGUUUUUGUCCUCGCCAAUGUUGUCGUCAUCUUUCCCUUCCAUAUACCCCUCUAUCUUCCUCGAUGCCUUCUCAAUACUGCUUUAGACACUCUCAGUACCUGGAGAGUGAUCAAUGAGCGUCAACGUGAUCAGGAUGCUGGCCGUUUCGUUCGCAUAUACUUUCCCUUCAAUUUUGUGACAGCACCUUUGAUUGCCGACCUAUUGCUCCUGGCGGUUUCGGCGAUUGGGCGCAAGGAGGUGUACGAGGGGACUAUCAAAGCCGACAACAUAUCUCCUAUCGAUAUUAUGGUCUUCUUUCUCAGUCUUGCAUACAUCGCUAUCUCCAUCGAUGCCUCUGGCUGUAUUCGCUAUUUGGCAUUUAAAGUACUACAAAAAGGUGGUAAGGUUGGGCAUAGACUUUAUUUCUAUCUCUAUGCAUUCUUCUUUGUUCUUGGAAGCUUCAUCGGAAAUGAUCCGAUUGUUUUGUCCGGCACUACCUUUCUUGCUUACAUGAUCCGUGUGUCCAGCAAUAUUUUGCAUCCUCAAGCGUGGAUAUACGCCCAGUUUGCGGUCGCCAACAUCGCUUCCGCAAUCCUGGUCACCUCCAAUCCCACGAAUCUCGUGCUCACGAGCGCCUUUGAAAUCAGAUUUAUCGAUUACACGGCGAACAUGAUUGUCCCAGUUGUAAUUACUGCCAUCGUUCUGUUCCCCUUUUUGCUAUACAUUAUCUUCGCAGACGAAUCGUUGGUCCCACUAUCAAUCGAAAUGCACGAGCUGCCGGAGGAAGCGAAGAACAAAAGCCCAGUGAACCCUAACAUCCCUAAAAGGGGAGGCAUCGAUAAAGUGCAGGGGAACGAGGCAGCAAGCAGCGAGGACGGCAAGCUGUUAUCGCUCGAGGAAAUCCUGAACCCUUUUCUCGAUAAACGUGGAGCAGCUUUUGGUAUAGUCAUCAUGGCUGCGACGCUCAUCACUGUUUUGACGCUUGAUGCAGCAAACCAGGGUCACGCGCAACCUGUUUUCUGGGUGACCUUGCCAGCUGCAUUUGUCCUAUUCUGCUGGGAUAUAGCAAAUGGAUGGCUUCAUCGCCAUGAGACACACGAGAUUGCACGCAGGCGCCAAGAAGAGGUGGAGCGCAUGCGCGCUGACCGGGUUGUGGGGGGUAGCGAAUUAGCGGAAGACAGACGGAAGCCCCAGUUGACCGGGGCGCAUGUUACUCCAUCAUCUGGCAUUCUCGACCGAAGAAACCGUGGGACCCCAAGCGCGCCAUCUACCAUCUCGAUGAAUAACCAGCUACCUCACCAACAGUCGCUCCCGAGUAACGUGAGCACUCUCGACGAGGAGCAGGAAUCAGUUCGCUCGAACCUGAGUCCCCUACCAUUGAACCCGGGUGGCCCUAGGGGCGCACAGGCGAGUGGAAGACUGCGACCAUGGUCAGAACAGCAGGAUCUCCCUGGUGAACAGGAACCGGAGAAAGCCACACUUCAAUCACUAGCCAUGAACGGCUAUCAAUGGCUUCAGAUGACUUUUCCUACAGCAACGGCUGUAGCAUCGCGUAUGCCCUUUACGCUUGUUCCUUUUUCCUUUGCCAUGUUCGUCCUCGUGCAAGCUCUGGUCGCGAAAGGGUGGGUUGAGGUCUUCGCGUAUGGCUGGAACCAUUGGGUAACCCGUACCGGGACGGUGGGGGCGAUUGGAGGAAUGGGAUUUCUAUCCGUUAUACUCUGCAAUUUCGCUGGUACAAAUAUAGGUACUGCCAUCCUUCUUUCCCGCAUGGUGCAGACGUGGCAGGCUAUCCAUCUCGCCAAUGGUACACCUAUCAGCGACCGCACAUUCUGGGCUACCGUCUAUAGCAUGGCGCUUGGGGUCAACUACGGAGCGUUCAGCUGCGCGUUGAGCGCCUCACUGGCAGGACUAUUAUGGCGCAACGUCCUUGCACAAAAGCAUAUCAAGAUCCGGGAUCUAGAAUUUGCUAAGUGA